AUGCAUGUUCGCGAUUCACUUCUCGUAAAAACAAUUUUAUAGUGUUCGUGAUAUUGUAUUCUGUGAGUUUUAUAGUUUAUCGUGCCUAUCUUUACACCUCGAAUUGAUGUAACAUGGGUAAAAGGCGCCAUAAGAAAGAUCAAAAAGAAAUACGACGAAAAAUUCGACGACUAGAGAAAAAACUCAGGCGCAAUGAAGAUACGGAUCAUAGUUCACGAAGCCCCUCUGUCUCCUCCGAGUAUGACAAUAGAUAUUGGUCAGCGGAUGAAAUCGAGGAAGGAUAUCAAGAUGAACCGCUAGAUAACGAACAUCUAGAUAUGGAACGGGAUGUGUCACCUGUAGUUAAUGUACCCUCGCCGCGCCCUUCCUCCUCUCGUAAUCUGGACAUCGCUCCACCUACAGACGUUACUCUUGACGUUGAUGCUCCGGUUCGACCAGCUUCAACACCAGCAGAUCCCAGCGAACCAUCGACCUCCGCUGUUCCUGAAGAGAUAUUAUGUAUGCUUGGUGAAGCAAAGAAAAUAGAACAAGCCUUAGGUGAAAAAAUUCCUCCCGAAAUCUCUGAACGUUGGGGUAAGAUUCUAUUGGAUGGGCUAGCUAAAGAACAAAAGAAUAUGUUAACGGAAAAAACGCUAAUCCCUGAGAAUUUCCUAUUAGCUCGAGCUCCAAAGCUAAAUCCAGAGGUGGUUGCUGUUUUAUCUGACGCUGUUAAAAAUCGAGACAAGAGAUUGGAGAAAGCUCAAAACCAACUCGGUCUCGGUAUCGCUGGGCUGGUAAAUCUUACAAAAGACUUGAUCAAUUCCGAUAUUGAUAAACUCAAUAUAAUAAAAAGAAUCUCUGAAGUUAGUCAACUCUUAUUAGACUUACAUUAUGAAGAGAGUAUAAAUAGACGAAAAUUGAUUGUACCAUUGCUAGAUAAAAAAUUUUGGAAUACAAUUCAAGGUGUCAAACGUGAUAAUUUCCUAUUCGGAGAAAAAUUAGGAGAUAAUAUCAAAAACUCGAAAGAUAUUGAAAAAUUUAGUCAACAAAUCAAAAAGGCCUCGGUACCCUCGACCUUUCAGAGAAAAACACCAGGGAUGAUGACGGGAAACGUGCGUUUUCCUCCUCGACCACACUCCAACGUGAGCCCGGCGACGCCUGCAGCGGGCCGAUAUUUCGGCCCUCGCCCUCAAGCACCGGCGAGGAGGAACUACAACUCACCGCCACAACGUGGCAACAAGACUGCUCCGCACAACAAGACCCAAGACCACAGACGCCGAUAGAGACAGCACCAUCCCUUAUGGAGCAGCCUUACCCUGGCGUGCGCCAUAUUGUCCGGCAGGCAUACCUAAGGAAGAAUAUCCCAGAUGAUUCGGUAGAUAUUAU